CUAUAACAGUGCAGCUGUUUCCUAUGGGAUUCAAGAAUAUGGGGAAAUUUUCUGUUUUGUUAAUGCUGGUUAUGAUGUGGUGUUGGGCUUCAACGGCUGAAGCAGAGUAUAUGUUGUACAAAGAUCCCAAACAACCGCAAAGUGUCAGAAUAAAUGACUUAUUGAAGAGAAUGACAUUAGAGGAAAAGAUUGGUCAAAUGACUCAAAUUGAAAAAUCAGUUGCAACUAAAGAGGUCAUGAACAAGUAUCUGAUAGGAAGUGUGCUAAGUGCGCCAGUGAGUGUGUUCGGUGGAGGGAGUGGUCUACCAAAACAAGCACCACCCGAGAUGUGGGUCAACAUGGUCAACGAUCUCCAAAAGGGCGCAUUAUCGACACGUUUAGGGAUACCUUAUAUUCAUGGGAUUGAUGCUGUUCAUGGACAUAAUGCUGUCUAUAGAGCAACAAUCUUUCCUCACAAUUCUGGUCUUGGAGUUACCAGGGAUCCUGAACUAGUUAAGAAGAUUGGAGCUGCUACAGCACUUGAAGUUAGAGCAACCGGCAUACAAUAUACUUUUGCACCUUGUAUUGCAGUUUGUAGAGAUCCGAGAUGGGGUCGUUGUUACGAAAGCUACAGCGAAGAUCCCGAAAUUGUAAGAAUGAUGACUGAAAUCAUACCAGGUUUACAAGGAGAGAUCACUGAUGAUUCCAAAAAGGGUGCCCCUUUUGUUAGUGGACAACAAAAGAUUGCAGCCUGUGCUAAGCACUAUGUAGGUGAUGGAGGAACUCAGCUAGGGAUAAAUACUGGCAACACAAUAUUAGACAGAAAAAAAUUAUUCAGUAUACAUAUGCCAGCAUACAAUGAUUCAGUCAUCAAGGGUGUGACUACUAUUAUGGCCUCAUUUUCUAGCUGGAACGGGGUUAAAAUGCACGCUAACCGCAAUCUUAUCAACGGUUACCUCAAAAACAAACUCAAAUUCAAAGGAUUUGUGAUAUCAGAUUGGCAGGGGAUUGACACCAUCACUGAUCCGCCACAUUCUAACUACACAUACUCCAUAUUAACUGGAAUUAAUGCUGGCAUUGACAUGGUUAUGGUCCCAUACAACUACACAGAGUUUAUUGAUGGUUUGACUUACUUGGUCAAAAAUAAGUUUAUACCCAUGAGCCGAAUAGACGAUGCGGUUGAGAGGAUUUUGAGGGUGAAGUUCACGUUGGGUCUGUUUGAAAACCCAUUCGCCGAUUACAGCAUGACCAAGUACUUGGGAUGUCAGGAGCAUAGAGACCUAGCAAGGGAAGCAGUGAGGAAAUCACUUGUGUUGUUAAAGAAUGGUAAAUCUUCAACGAAGCCAUUGUUACCGCUUCCUAAAAGGGCAUCAAAGAUAUUAGUUGCGGGAUCACAUGCUAAUAGUAUCGGUUAUCAAUCUGGCGGGUGGACAAUCGACUGGCAAGGAAGUUCAGGCAAUCUUACGGUUGGUACGACAAUCCUCUCUGCUGUGGAAAAAACAGUUGAUCCGAACACUCAAGUAAUCUACAACGAGAAUCCCAACCAAGAUUACCUAAAGUCAAACAACUUUGACUUUGCUAUAGUCGUGGUAGGAGAGCCACCAUAUACAGAGACUUUCGGAGACAAUUUAAAUCUUACAAUCCCCGAACCAGGUCCCAGCACUAUAAAAAAUGUAUGCGGCUCAGUAAAAUGUGUGGUGGUCCUAAUCGCUGGGCGGCCGUUGGUGGUGCAGCCGUUUAUUGACACCAUAGACGCACUUGUAGCCGCUUGGCUUCCUGGAACAGAAGGCCAAGGUGUCACGGAUGUUCUGUUUGGUGAUUAUGGUUUUACGGGAAAGCUGGCUCGUACUUGGUUUAAGUCAGUUGACCAGCUACCCAUGAAUGUCGGAGACUCACAUUAUGACCCGUUAUACCCAUUUGGGUUUGGAUUGACAACUACACCAACCAAGGCCACAUAAACGUAUAAUGUGUUACUUUUCGGUUAUAAUUAAACAGGGUGAUCAUUUGUUGUUCUACGAUAACCUUAAUCAUUUUAUUUAUCAUAAGCUUUUUAUACACGACAACAUGUAUA